ACUUUGGCGCCAAAGAUUUUUUGUUAGACAUGUUUUAAUACCCAUUUUCAUAUGUUAAUUUUUUAAUUGUUUUUAAUAAAAUUCAACCUACUUUUUAGCUUUUAAUUUAGUGUCUAUGAACUUCUGUGUCUAGGCUUACAAUUUAAGUGUUUUUAGUCGUUUCCAUUCAUCACUGUUAUGGCUGAUAUUGACUUGUACUCAGACUUGGAUUGGGACAAAUUUGAUGAAAACAAUAUUGGUUCAAAUCUCAAUGAUGUUGCUAUUCUCCAGGAUUCGUUUGACAAGUUAGAGAAGGAAAAAAAUGUCGUCGAUUCAGAAUUGAAAGAAAUCAAGGAAAAAUACGAGCGUAUGGUGAUGGUCAAUAAAAUUUUAAAAACAAACAUCUCAUCUUUGUAUAAAACUGCAAAAGCGGAGUUGGAAAGAAAAAACGAUCGAAUUAGUGAACUAACCAGACAAAUUGAUGAUCUAGUGUUUAGACGAAGAACUAGUUCAAAGUGAGAACCCAUGUGGCUUUGAUAAAUGUCUUGGAAGAUUUCACCGUGGAUAUCAUUUAAAUGACCAUAAAUAUCCGAAAGAUAAAGCCAAUUUAGGUGAACCAAUAAGAGGUCGAUUUGCUUUUAAUCAUAGACUUAUCUCAUGGAGGAUCAAUGCCAUUAAUUUCUACUGUACAUCGACAUUUGUGUUUAUCUCUACAAGUCAAUAUUGUAAUAUAUUUUGUAUAACUACACCAACAAUCGAAUGAAUUCGAUUUUUAACCUAGUUUGAGUUGUUUAUUGAAUUCGGUUUGCUUUGACGCUAUCGAAAACUCACUCAGUUUCAAUUUGAGACUUAUAUCUCUAUAUUAAUUUUGGAGAUUUGAAUGUGUGUGGCAGCUAAUGUACUGAAAAACUAGCGUGAUUGCUUACUCAAUAUUGUAGCACAUUCACAAUCUGGACUUGUAAUGGGAAUAUUGGAAAGCAAUAAAAUCAAGAUUCACAUAAUUUUUGACUCGAAUCAAAUUGAUGACAAAAAA